AUGGCCCACCAACAAGUCUACCAAGCUUAUCCACAAAACAAGGGGACCCUAAUACCUGGCCAGACGAUUUCGGUGAAUAACUACACUGUUCAGGUCGAACGUUAUCUAUCCCAAGGUGGCUUCGCCCAUGUCUAUCUUGUUCGGACUCCUACUCCUGUAUACAACACGACGCACCACGUCCUAAAACGAAUCGCAGUUGCUAGCGAGUCAAUGCUGACGGAGGUCAAGAAGGAGGUUGAUAUAAUGCGCCUGUUGAAAGGUCAUCCGAACAUUGUCCAUCUCAUCGAUGCGGCAUGGCACAAGUUGCCCAAUGGCACAUUCGAAGUAUUCAUUCUGAUGGAAUAUUGCCCUGGUGGCGGGAUAAUUGACAUGAUGAAUCGCCGACUCCGCGAACGACUGACAGAAGCAGAAAUCUUGCAGAUUUUCGUAGAUGUUUGCGAAGGACUGGCGUACAUGCAUAAUUCACGACCACCCUUACUUCAUCGGGACUUAAAAGUUGAAAACAUUUUGCAAUCUUCUCCAACUUCUUUUAAACUUUGCGAUUUUGGGUCAGCAACCACUGUAUCAAAUCCGCCGACCAACAUGCAAGAGAUUCGUGCUCUGGAAGCAGACCUCAACAAGCAUACAACGUUGCAGUACCGGGCCCCUGAAAUGGUUGACGUAUACUCAAAACGCCCAGUUAACGAAAAGAGCGAUAUCUGGGCUCUUGGUGUCCUGCUUUAUAAACUUUGCUACUAUACCACGCCGUUUGAAGAACACGGUCCACUGGCCAUCCUCAAUGUUCAAUACCGCAUACCAUCUUAUCCUGUGUACUCACAAGACAUGAAUAUGUUGAUUGGGUCCAUGUUGAGGGAACAUGGAGCACAGAGACCAACUGUUUUUGAGUUGCUGAAUCACGUACAUCGCCUCCGCGGAACGAAGUCAAAAUUCUCAUACAACGUACCGGUACCCCCACCACUCUUGGCUCGUCACCCAACACACGCCAAACCCCAGCCUGCUCAAAAUCCAUUGGAAGACGUCAUUUCUUACAAGUCGCCCUCAUCAAAACCUGUUAUUUCCGUAUAUGACUCCAAGGUACAUCCCCAAACCAUUCCUCCUGCUUCAAACCAAGGCGUCCAGGCCCGAGAAAAGGUUUUGGAAGCCAUCGCUCCAAUGAGGCGAGGCCGACCAUCAGCGACGCAUUCAUCUUCUAGACCAGCAAGUCCUCAAAAGCUCCACCCUACUCGAGAGAAGACAACAGAUUGGAUGGAUAGUGGUUUCGAAAACGAGAAGGAUCACCUUUGGAAAUCUGUUACAGAGAAAUCAUCUUCGAUGGGUACUGAUUUGAAUAAUAUAGAUGAUGGUUGGAGCCUUAAGGCGUCAGAUAAAAAAUCUCAAGGAGAGACAAAGGAGCAGUCACGAGGAUUCGGUGAUGAUUUCGCAGAGAAGUUAUGGAGUUCUCCUGACCCCAACACAGUAACUGCUCCCCAGCCUCCGAAAUCUAGUUCUCGGCCGAAUAUCAAUUCCACGAAAUUGAACGACGCCCCUCUCACUCCCCUGGCCUUCACUGGAACUAGUACGAUUCGGCCAAAGCCAGAGCGUUUGAUUCAAAACAGAGACAAGGAUGCAUUCGAAGGCCUUGGCCUCAUGUCAUCGAUGCCUAAGGCGGCACCUACACUAGGAGAAGCUCGUAAACUGCGCACUGGGUUAGCUAGUAUGACAUUGUCCUCGGCGCAUGAAAACUAUUAUCGUGACAAUGGCCAACUCAAUACCCACUCAGCUCGACCCUCACCUUCCCCACAACCGAGAUAUCUAUCUACUACUCCCCUUCAAGCCCAGUCGGUAUCUCCUGUACCCACUCCAGGUUCAGGAAGCUCCUACAAACAUCCUCACUAUUCACCCUCGGUUCCUAGUCCAUCUCCGUCUGCCGGCCAAGAUGGCCCUAUUGAAUCUAAAUAUCCUUCGCUUGAGGAAUUGGAUGCUCAAUUCUCGCCCACAAUUAAUGCACUUUACCCAGCUGUAGUGAACGACUCCUCGUCUCAUUAUAUGCCUGCAAUGUCCAGAAAUGCUGCUAGUAAUCGCGCUCAGCAUCAAGCUAAACCUACUAGCGAAUUAUCUGGAUCGGUCAACACUUUGUUAAGACCAUCUGUUCCACAGGCGGUUAAUCCCCAUUCCGUUGAGGGUGUGAGGUCGGAGCAGGUGACAGGCAUCGCAAUGCGGGAAACUAAGGAAAGUCGUAAAUCCGAAGGUAGUCAAAGCAAGAAGAACGUCUCAUCUCAGAAUAUUGAUGAAGCUGGAAGUAGCAAAUUUGCUAUAAAACCUAUGGUCAUUAGAAAACAUCCUAGCUCUGUCACUAUGAAUCCCUCCUUUUCGACGAGUAAAUCUGCAGAGAAAGAUACACCGCAUACACCGCAGGCUGUAAACAUCACGCCCAGCGAAAACCUCGUCCCUCCCAAAUUCCCAGCCAGACCACAUACCAACGUACAACCGCGUGAUUGGCUGACUGGAGAUGACUUCGACGACAUCAAACGUGUGCCUACGCCAGUGCUUCGUGAUUCACCCAGCAAAAGGGCCUCGUUUAUUGAAGUCGAUGACUUCGAGAUUCCUCAAUCUAGUGCAAUUACUCAGUACGCCAUUGCACCAGAACGAAUUAUCGAUGAGCCACCAUCUGCUGAUAUUUCACCUACCGUGUCCAAAUUCAAACGUGCGUUCCCUGCUAUCGACAAGAUCGACACUGCUCCUUCGCAGCAACCAACUGCAUCAGGUCUUACUGAUAAUUGGAGUCCAGUGGCAAGGCGAGGAGGAAAGGAUGCAGAUGAGGAUUCCUCAAGCGCGGAUGAAGGGCCAGAGGAUGUGAGAGGUAUACCAUCGCUAGAUCGGAAAAGGCACGCUUCGAGGACGAAAGGAAGGCAAAGUUCAGUGCAUGAACUUGUGUAUCAGUACGGCGGACCUGCUUUAGUCAAGGAGAAGGAGUCAGAAAAGGAAGCUAAUACAGCUGCUAUCCAAAGAACAAGAGAACAAGAGAGUGUGAAAGAACGAGAGAGUGAACGAGAGAGGGAGAAGGAAAGAGAAAGAGAAUUGGAACGGGAGAGGGAAAUAAACAGAGAGAGGCAGCGAGAAAAGGAAAUAAAAGAGGCAGAAAGGGAAAAAGAGAUUGUAAGAGAACGGGAGAAGUUGAAGAACCUAGAGCUGGAAAGGGAGAAAGAGAAAGAACGGGACCGUGAACGAGAACGUCCGCCUAUGCACUAUAGUGUCGGUGACUAUAAAGUUUAUAAGCCAAAAGCGCCGGGAUUAGCACCUCCAGCAGCCCAGGAUCUUGAUCGCAAGACGCCUUCCCCGACAAGCAAUACAAACAAUUUUUCAUCAACAACCAUGAAUCGGUCACCGCGUCUACAAACCAUACCCCUCAAUGAUAAACCUCUGGCUCCUAUAAAUGGCACAAAACAGACGUCCUCUGCCCGUUCCCGCCCUCAGUCUAUGUUCAUUUUCCCGUCUAAGUCAGCGGAUAGCUCAUCGACGCCUACCACUAAUUUAAUGCCCCCUCAAGAAACCAGGCCGCGAGCGACAAGACGAACAUCGAUAUCAGAUAUGGUUCAACAUUACGAGGCCAUCGGUGGCUCGGUUAAAUCUCCCACCUCAGUACCUCCCACCCCGCCGUCACCGAUUAACAGGCCAGUUUCUACCAAGGCGACCACUAUGGCUUCUGGAAAUGGGCGCAUGAUCAAUAACAAAGUCUCUACAGAGUUUACCAAGUUGAAACCUGUCACAUCUCAAUUUCCAGUAUCGAUUGAAGCGUCUGUUCGACACACUGAAGAAUUCUCUACGAAAUCCGAACCACCCCGUCAUGCCAAUACCAACACUGGUCUCAGUCGCACGCCAACAACAAAGACAGUAAGGAAAACUACGCUCGACAAUCGGCGAGAUAAUUUUGUUCGUCCUUCUUCACCAGAGACAUCCUCUGGCAACGUCUCAGCAAAGCCAGAUCCACCUGCCGCUUCCUAUUCUAAGUUGGAACUUUCAUCUUCACGACCCGCCAAGGUCUCUCACCCGUCCGAGUCGUUCAAACCUAGCUCUCCUCGGAAACCACCAAUUUCCAUCAACGAGGACAUUUUAUCAAAGCAGGAAGAACCGAUAUCAUCCCCUCCCGAACAGCCCUAUCAAGGUGUUGGAAGGUUAAUCGAUCAGUGGCAAAAGAAAUCUGCUGAGGCUGAACAAUCGCGACCUGUACCUGGCAAAUUCUUGUCGAAAAGACCUGGAAUGUUGCGUGGGGAGGAUAGAUGA